AUGUUUCAUAGAGCAGAAAAUACCAAGGGUACCUUCCUGGAGCAAACUAAAGCAGCCAGGGAGGAAAGAGCCUUUGAAAAACGCAAGGAAACAGCCGCUAUUGUGCUACAAAAAAAUAUAAGAGGAUGGUUACAAAGGGUGAGAUUUACAAAAGAUAUACUAGAUGAAUUUGAUGAAUACAUUCCCGAUAUUCCUGAAUCAGAAAAACCCGUUUUAAAACCUUCUGUACAAGUUUUCCAUCAAGUGAGUCGUUUCAUGAUUGUAUGGCAAAAACAAAGGGAUAAAGACAGGUUUGCGAGGUUAUGUCGUUAUUUAAUCGCCAGUUUGGACUCGGAUUCACCCAAAUUAAGUUAUGUUGGAAUGGCUUUGAAUAAAGAUUAUGUUAUUAGAUGGAUAUCACACAUAAAUGAUAUACUUUGGAAGUGUUGUGGUUAUUUAGAAGAUUUAAAACCUGAAUUGGCAUCUGAAAUGAUAUUAAUUUUAUUAUUUUUACAUAUGCUAGUUUCUUUUACCACCACAAAUACUUGGGUUAUUUUAAAAAAUAAAAAUACUGAGGUAUUAAAAAUUGGUAUGAAUCAAUUGUGUGCUAAUAUUAUGGGGCAACUAUUUCAUAAAGGUUUUUAUUUAACUUUAAAGAGUUUACUUUUACGAGGUUUGGGAAGGUCAAAAAUUUUAUUUAAAAAUGUUUCUUUAUCAGCUAUUGUUACAUUGGCAUUAAGACCUUUGAUUUCUGCAAAUUUUUCCGAUAAGUUAAUGACUAUGUUUUUGAUUCAUAUUUUAUCAGUUCCUGGACUUAUUCAACACUUAGAAACAUUAACACCUGAGUGCAUAUCCAAAUUAGUUUCGCAUAAAAUAUUUCCGAAGAGUUUGGAGUUGUUGGCAAGCCAACAAUCAAUGAGAAUUGUGUUUAAUACGUUAGAAGGAAAUUAUGCUUUAUGUUUAUUAGCAAAUUUACUUCAAUUGGCCCAAGUCGAAAAAGACACAACUUUACCUGAAUUAUGUUUUCCUACUUUCACUGUUGUUAUAACUGGAUUAUUAGAAAGUUGCCAAAACUAUGUAGUUAGUAAACAAUCAAACUUAACACAUUGGCAUCCAGUUUUGGGUUGGUUUGCUCAACCAAUGGAUCCAUCUUUACAUGCUGCAAUGCCCCAUGUUAAGACUCAAUUACAUAUUUUAUGGAAUUCACAAAUGAUAUCAAUUUUAUUAGGUAAUUAUUUAUCAGAAAUGGUUAAAGAUGUUUCAUUACCUCAAGUAGCAGCAAGUCCAACUACGUCUCAUUUUAGUGGUGCUAAUUUUAUAAAAAGAGCUUUAGAAUCUCGCGGAAAUCGAGCCAAUACCCAACGAGUUUAUCGAUCGUUGGGGAGUCCAGAGGUUUAUCGUAUCGUUCUUUUAUGUUCCAUGUAUCAUACAGCAUUGAAUACAUUAACUCAAUUAAGACUUGAUAUUUUAACCGGUUUGUGUUAUCAAGGAGAAAUUUUAUAUAAUUUAUGGUUAUUUCUUUGUUCGCUUGGACCAAAUUGUGGAAUAAAAACUUUUCUGGAUCAUUUAGCUUUUCAUACUAAAAGUAGCACACCUGAAUUUCAACUUUUACAAUUAUUUGCGGAUUGUAUGACACAUUACAUAACAAUUUUAGAUGAUAUGGAAAUGUACGAACAACAAUAUCCCUUUAGAUUAACAGAUUUAAUCUUAAUGUCAAGUUUUGUUAAUGUAUUUUUAUACAAAGCGGUUUUGGGGAAUUUAUUUGAUUUAAAAACGAUACAAAGCAACAUUCUAUUCCAAUCAUUACACACGUUAUUAAUGGUGCUAUAUAAAAGAGAUUGCAGAAGAAAUUAUUCGCCGCAAGGACAUUGGUUGAUUAAAGAGAUUAAAAUCUCAACGUUUAUGACGGAUUUAGAUAAAGGGAGAAGAGCCCCGCAACUUUUAUUGCAAAGUAUGCCUCAUAUCAUUCCUCACGAGGAACGAGUCCGUCUAUUUCGGAAAUAUAUCACUAACGAAAAAACCGUUUUGGGUUUAACAGAAUCUGCUUGUGCUUCACCACAAUCUACACUAAUUACAAUUCAUCGAGCAAGAAUUGUUGAAGAUGGUUAUAGACAAUUAGCUUUAUUACCAGCUCAAGCUCUAAAAGGUGUAAUUCGUGUACGUUUUAUAAACGAGCAAGGUUUAGAUGAAGCGGGAAUUGAUCAAGACGGUGUUUUUAAAGAAUUUCUUGAAGAAAGUAUAAAAAAAAUUUUCGAUCCAGCAUUAAAUUUUUUUAAAGGAACUAGUGAAGGACGUUUAUAUCCAUCUCCGACGUCUUGUAUGCAAGAAAACCAUCUCCAAUUAUUCGAAUUUGUCGGGCGAAUGUUGGGAAAAGCCGUUUACGAAGGAAUCGUCGUCGACGUUCCUUUCGCCCUUUUCUUUUUAAGUCAAGUGCUGGGACAAACCGCCCAAGCGCUUUAUAGUUGCGUCGAUGAAUUGCCCUCUUUGGACGAUGAAUUGUAUAGAAGUUUGAGUUAUAUUAAACAUUUUAAGGGGGACGUUGCCGACUUGGAUUUGACUUUUAGCGUUGAUGAGGAUAGUUUGGGGCAAUUGGUUACGCAUGAAUUGAUUCCCGGUGGAAAAGCUGUGCCUGUUACAAAUGAAAAUAAGAUUAAUUAUAUACAUUUAAUGGCACAUUUUCGGAUGCACGUACAAAUUAAGGAUCAAACAAGUGCAUUUAUUAGAGGUUUUAGGUCAAUUAUUAAUCAGGAGUGGUUAUCACUUUUUUCAACACCAGAAUUACAAAGAUUAAUUUCCGGUGAUAACGUUCCGCUUGAUUUGAGAGAUUUGCGGAAACACACUCAAUAUUAUGGAGGUUUUCAUGAUUCACAUCGAGUUGUGUGUUGGUUGUGGGAUAUUUUAGAAAAAGAUUUUACUGAAGACGAAAAAGGAAUGUUCUUAAAAUUUGUAACCAGCUGUUCAAAACCACCACUUCUUGGUUUCGCACAUUUAGAGCCCCCUUUUUCAAUAAGAUGCGUUGAAGUGGGUGAUGAUGAAGACACAGGAGACACAAUCGGCAGUGUAAUUCGAGGAUUUUUUACGAUAAGAAAAAAAGAUCCUUUGAAUCGUUUACCGACGUCUUCGACCUGUUUCAAUCUUCUAAAACUUCCAAACUAUCAAAAAAAGAGUACUUUAAGAGAAAAACUUCGUUAUGCUGUUACUUGUAACACUGGUUUCGAAUUGUCGUAAUGAUUUUGAUUGGGAAAAGAAAAUGUAUUUAAAAUAAUGAGAAAAAAAGUAUUGUGAUAUCUGUUUCUAUAAUUAAUUUAAAUG